AUGUCUUCACUUGAUGACGACCCAAUUGUGGAAGAUAUUUUCGUUCCGCAAUCUCUUCUGAAUGCAGUAUCAAGAAGGGAGGACACGGCUGAAGGGACCCAUAGGGCUACUUCUCCUUGUUACCAUCCUAGCAGCCAAGCUGAGGAGAUUCACAUUCAGAAAAGAAACCAGCGUACAAUAAGUUGGGCAACUAAGGUAUCGGACAAACGGGAAGCUCCACAGCGCGCAGCAAGUUAUUCAUCGGUCUUGGAGGAGGGAAGGAAGCAAUUGCAUCGAGACCAAGGUCCAAGUGUUCCUCCACAUGUUCGGGGUAUAACUUCUAGUCUUAACCUCAGCUCGAGUGAUUCAAUAAAUCCGCCGCAGUUUCUGGAACAUGAUCCCUUUUCAGACAGCAGUGUACGAGAGCCACUGAUAGGACAAAACAGCCGGUCGCCUUUGCCCAUACCGCGACCGGGCAAUGUCACUAGAAUGACACUGGGUGACAGCGUGAGGAGCGUGUACAACAGGGCAACACUCGUCAAAAUUAAACACCAACGCAAGUAUUGGAUCCGGCUGUUGAUCGAAUAUGCGGCAUAUAUCAUCGGUGUUGUUUUUGUAUACUUCGUUCUGGUCGGAUUGCCCUUGUGGAAAGGUGCUGUAUACUGGCUCUAUUGGGUGAUGCAACAUAAGUUUGUAUUCUCCGGUGGCUGGGCGAUCUUUAUUUUUCUGCUUAUAUUCUAUUCGUUUGCGCCGCUUCUUAUCACCUUUGAGAAUGACUUCCCAGGGCCAGAUUAUUAUCAACAACGCCGUAUUGGCCCAACUGCGCCAAACACGGCUCUUCUGAUCCCAUGCUAUAGGGCUGGCCCCAUCAUUGGUCGGACUCUCGAGGCUGCGUUGAAAAUCUUUCCAGCCUCACAGAUCUAUGUGAUUGCCAAUGGUGACUCGCCCACUCCUAUAGACGAUACCGAGGAGGUAUGCCGAGUCCACGGCGUCAAUCAUAUCUGGUGUCCCGUUGGCUCCAAAAUAGUUGCGAUUUUCAUCGGCUGUCAUGCAGUCAAAUCCUUUCGCCACGUCCUGCUCAUCGAUGAUGAUUGUCUCCUACCCCCGCAUUUCCCUGUGGCCGUUUCUCGGUUAAACCAGCAAGUCCGCUGCAUUGGGUACACAAUCAAAUCCGUUGGCUCCGACUCUCGACUAGGCUCAUAUUGUCAACAGGCACAGGACCUCGAAUACAAACUAGCUGGCUUACAGCGCAGUUUCGCCGGACGCAUUGGCAGCGCGACCUUCCCCCAUGGAGCUAUAUCCUUAUGGGAAAGAGGGUUCUUGAAGGAGACUCUCCAGCACCAUCCAGGUUUCUCCAUUAGUGAGGAUUGGUUCAUGGGAAACAGUUGCCGGCGGCUUGGGGGAAGGAUUCAAAUGUGCAGUGCUGUCUUUGUCGAGACUACAACGCCGGCUGCUCUCUUCUUCGUUGAUCGGGGCUCAAGUAGAGGCGGCUUCGGCGAAACAACCGUUUUCAAGCAGAGAUUUCUGCGGUGGAAUUUCUUUGUGGCAAAUGGGAUAUGGUAUAAUCUAUUGUACCUUGUUAGGUCUUGGAGGUUGGGUAGUGUUGAGCAGGUCUACGAGACCCUGCUGUAUGUGUUCACUCCGUUCAUAUUCCCCAUUGCCUUCAUUGUCCGUCCCGCGUUCUGUGUUGCCAUCUUGGGGGCAACUCUGGCUUUGUACUUGAUCAAUGUCAUUAUCUUCAACGCGAUUCAUCUGCGUCAGAAGGACGAACGGGUCGGUUGGAACGUUGUUCUCUGGUACUAUGUAGUCGCCGACGACGCGGCAAAUUAG